AAAUAAAAUAAAAAAAAUUCCCAUUACAGGGAUGUAAAACACGCUUGUUUAUGGGAAGGUGGGGAAGACCACACCAGCCUGUGAAACGUUGACCUUUCUUCUUGAGAAACCCUAAAGAGAAAAACGAAAACAUCCAACACUUGUGUCUUUUCCUUGGCAUUUCUUCUGCAACCCAAAAAAAAAAAACAAAAUAAAACAAAACAAAAAGGGCCAUUGAUGUGGUGUCUGCGUCUUUCCUUGAGAUUCGGAGGUCGCCACUCACAAAUUCAUUCAAAUCCUGCUUCAAAUCCAAUAGACCGUGGAUUUUAUUUUAUUUUAUUUAUUUUUUGCUUCUCUCUCUCGAUCAGUGACCCCAUAUAAAUCCUGGUUUAGAGGUUAGAGACCAAAGCGUGAGAAGCAAUCAGAGAGAAAAAAGAGGGUUUGGACUGAGGUAAAAAAUCAGAGCCAAUAAAGCUUUGAUUUUGGAGUCCUCUCUUCUUUGGUUGCUUAAUAAUAAUAAUAAUAAGAAUAAACCAUGGGAAAACCAACUGGAAAGAAGAAGGAACAGGAGGUACAAAAGCCUGUAAAUGCAAACGGUAAAAUGAGCAAGCCCUCCGAUAAAAGCUCCAAAGCCUUCGAUGAAGACACUGCAAUCUUCAUCAACAUGUCUCAGGAGCUCAAAGAAGAAGGUAACAAACUCUUCCAGAAGCGUGACCAUGAAGGUGCUAUGUUGAAAUUCGAAAAGGCCCUCAAACUUCUCCCUAGGAACCAUAUUGAGGUAGCUCAUCUGCAUAGCAACAUGGCCGCGUGUUAUAUGCAAAUGGGUCUCGGUGAGUACCCUCGGGCAAUCAAUGAAUGCAAUUUAGCAUUAGAGGUAUCACCUAAAUAUAGUAAAGCCCUGUUAAAAAGAGCAAAGUGUUAUGAAGCCCUGAAUCGGUUGGAUUUGGCACUCAGAGAUGUUAACCGUGUUUUGAACAUCGAACCUAAUAAUCUUAGUGCAUUGGAGAUUUUUGAAGAGGUGAAGAAGGUUAUGGGUGAAAAGGGUAUAGCUUUUGAUGAGAAGGAAAUUGGCGUUGCUCAUGAAGAGCAGACUGCUAGUUCUCGAAUGCGCAAAGUGGUGAAAGAGAAACUAAAGAAGAAGAAAGGUAAGAAAAUAGAGAAGCCUGAAGACAAGGUCAUUGUGGAGGAUAAGCCCAGUUCUAUUAAGGAUAAAGAAGUGGUUACAAAGACUGUUGUUCAGGAGAAGAAGCAAGUUAUUAAGCCUAUCAAGGAGGAAAAAGUGGUUACCAAAACAGUCAAGUUGGUAUUUGGGGAGGAUAUAAGGUGGGCACAGUUACCAGUGAAUUGUAGCAUGAGGUUGGUGAGAGAUAUUGUUAGGGAUCGGUUUCCUGGCUUGAAGGGUGUUCUUGUGAAGUAUAAAGAUCAGGAGGGUGAUUUGGUUACAAUCACUACUACUGAUGAGCUAAGGGUGGCUGAAUCAUCGGGUGAUCUGCAGGGUUCACUUAGAUUAUAUAUAACAGAAGUCAGCCUUGAUCAAGAACCAGUUUAUGAAAAAAUAAGCAAUGAGGAGGGAUCUGAGGGUGAUAGAAAAUCAAGUAAUGUUAUUGAGAAUGGUAAUAUUGGAAAAGGUAGAGAAGUGGAGAAGGGGAUUACUUCUGUUGAGAACUGGAUAAUCCAAUUUGCUAGGCUGUUCAAAAACCAUGUUGGUUUUGAUUCUGAUUCGUACUUGGAUCUUCACGAGCUUGGUAUGAAGCUAUACUCGGAGGCAAUGGAGGAUACUGUAACAAGUGAUGAUGCUCAAGAACUUUUUGGCAUUGCUGCAGAUAUGUUCCAAGAGAUGGCUGCUUUGGCAUUGUUUAACUGGGGAAAUGUUCAUAUGUCUAGGGCAAGGAAGCAAGUGUCAUGUCCAGAAGAUGCUUCAAGAGAUUCCAUUAUGGAGCAGAUUAAGGCUGCGUAUGAUUGGGCACAAAAGGAGUAUAGGAAGGCAGAGAUGAGAUAUGAAGAAGCUCUGAAAAUCAAACCUGAUUUCUAUGAAGGUUAUCUUGCACUUGGCCAGCAGCAGUUUGAGCAUGCAAAGCUCCAUUGGUAUUAUGCAAGUAGGAGUAAGGUUGACCUAGAAAGUGACCUUGCAACAGAGGUUCUUCAGCUUUAUAACAAGGCUGAAGACAGCAUGGAAAAGGGAAUGCUUAUGUGGGAGCAGAUGGAGGAGCAACGUCUAAAUGGACUCUCCAAAGGUGAUAAAUAUAGAGCUGAGUUACAGAAAAUGGGAUUGGAUGGUUUAUUUAAAGAUAUAUCUGCAGACGAAGCUGCUGAACAGGCUGCAAAUAUGAAGUCCCAGAUUUACCUCUUAUGGGGUACCUUGCUGUAUGAGCGUUCUGUCGUCGAAUAUAAGCUAGGACUUCCAACUUGGGAAGAAUGUUUAGAGGUUUCUGUUGAGAAGUUUGAACUUGCUGGAGCUUCUCAAACAGAUGUAGCUGUUAUGAUGAAGAACCAUUGUUCCAAUGAAACAGCUCUAGAAGGUUUGGGGUUCAAGAUUGAUGAGAUAGUACAGGCAUGGAAUGAGAUGUAUGAUGCUAAUAGGUGGCAUAUUGGCAUUCCUUCUUUCCGGCUUGAACCAUUGUUUCGUCGACGGGUGCCUAAACUUCAUUCAAUCUUGGAAAAUGGAGCUUUCUUUUGAUUGGGUAUUCUUUAUAGGCAUUGAAACUUUGCUGCAGUUUUCCAUGGUCCAAUUUUUUGAAGCCGUGUAGUCGCAUGCUAAGGUCUGUUAUUUUUCCUUUUAAUCUUUGGACUGUCAUAUUCAGCGUCUCGUUUCCUAUGGCAGGAAUCAAAAAGUUUGCCUAGUGUCGGUUUUUGAAUGUGAGAUUGGGUGAUUGGGUUUAUUUUCCCAUUUUCUUAAAGAUUUUUUUAUAGGAGAGUUUUUUACACUGUUUAUGGGUAGUGGGUAUAUGAUUGGAUUUGGAUUUGUUCAUUUAAAAAGAAUAAGCAAUGGGGACCUUAUUUUGCUGUGUUACUCAUUGGGGUUUGUUAAUUAUUGUAAAUUGUAAUUUGUAACAAUCUGUGGCUGUUUUUUUUAUUUUUUAUUUUUUAUUUUUUAUUUUUUAUAUGACAGGGAAAAGGUUUUAUUUAAUAGAUUCAUAUACUUGUUUUACA